UGUCUUGAAUCCUUAACAUUCAUCACAGCUUUAUCGUAAAACUUUCUCAGCGAAUUCAGCUUCAUUCGUCAACACCAACGACUGAUCCAGUCAGUGGAGGAAGCCUACAAGCUGAUGCGAAUCAGUUUCAUAAAACAUUCCCCUCCUUCAUCUGGUUGCUAAGAGAUGUCGUGCUAUCUCUUCCAAAGGACUGUCAAAGUAUCAAGGAUUACUUUCUGACAAGGGUUUUCAAGUCUGACCCACUCCAAGGCAACCAACCAAACCAAGUAGCAGAGAGCAUCUUGAACUUUUUCCCUGGGUUUGAUGCUUUCAAGCUUCCACCGCCGUCAUCAGACCCAGAAGUGGUAUUGAACCUUAACAGAGACGAGGUGCAACAAGACGUGAACAAGUCAUUUAUGCGAGGGGUUCAGGAGUUCAAGGCAAUGCUAAGGUCUAAGCUAUCACCGAAGCGCAGUUUUAACGAUGGAGAACUCGUAACUGGCGAAGCUCUUGCAGCUCUCGUUAAUAUUUACGUUUCCGCCUUGAACACUCCUGGCACGGUGCCCAGUGUGCAGAGUGCGUGGGAGAUCUUUGUGCACACUAAGUGCACUGAGGCCAAGCUAGCCGCCUUACAGGUGUAUAAAAGUACAAUAACAUCAGAGCUGGAUGGCUUACUGCCUUGUGACAGCGAUAAAAUACGUCAGGUCCAGGAGAGAGCCAUUGAAGAAGGCACGAAGAUUUUUCAGGAAGAAACUGCUGGAGUAUCUGCCUCGAGUAGCGAGAAGUAUUUGGAUGAGCUCAUGGAGAGUAUGAACGAAGCAUUGAAACGGUGGCAGAAUGAGAACAAUCGACUUACGAAAGAACAAUGCCAUAAACUGCUGAGGGCUUUGAAAGAAGAACACUUAGACCCCGUUCUAAGGAAGCUCAGCGGCAAGGAUGGAGCGUCAGUCAGCUUCUCUCAGAUUAUUGGAGGCUACUCAGCAAUUGAGCAGGGAUUUAAAUGUGACGCACGUGGAGCCAAGGACAUUUGUGCUCAAGUGUUUUACGAGUUUCAUCCGGAAAUGCAGGCAGAGAUGGAAAAACACAUGGCGUAUUUACAACAGCUGAAGGACUUCGACGAGUCUUUGGCUUUCGAAAGACAAGAAAAGGCUCGUCAGGAGCAGGAGAGACGACGAAUCGAGGAAGAGAAUGCUCGGUUAGAAGAGGUGCGGCGUGCGAAAGAAAAAGAGAUGGAAAUUCUGAAAGUUAAACAAGACGAAGAUAGGAGACGGUUGGAAGAGCAGUUCAGAGCGGACAUGGAAGCCCAAAGAGAGCAAAUGCACAACAUGAUGACAGCAAACAUGGAAGAGCUGCGAAAGGAUCGAGAGGCAAUUAUCGAGCAAAAUCAAACCCUUAAGGAGACGAUGGAGCAGAUGCGGCAGUCAAUGGAUAAAAGAAAUGACCAAAUUGCCGAGCUUCAGAAGCAAAUUGUUGCUCUAGCGAACAGGCCACCUCCUCGCCCACCAUGCAAACCAUUUUGUGUUAUUUCGUAAAAGCACGAUCAUUCGGCCUUCCCCAGUACUCAUAAAAUUGCAUUUAUUCAAAAAGGGCGGCUGAUGAUGGAAUGAGCGACUACAACCACCUAGCGAGCUAUAAAAAUCCUAUAAGUUGCAGUAGAAUGCCUGUGAUAUAAAAGGCUACUGUUAAAGUCAUUAGAUAAGUAUUAUUUAAGUUACUUGCAGUGAUUUAAAAAGCUUAUUCGCCUCUUGAAAACCGUGAAGUAUAUCUAUGUUGUAACCGACUUGAUUGCAUUAAACAAGUGUCAAAGCAAAAA